AUGAAGGCCUUCACCGUUGCUGCUAUCUUCGGCGCCGCCGCCCUGGCCGCCCCCAACCCGGACAAGACCGUCUACCAGACCGAGGAGGUGACCAUCACCUCUUGCGGCCCCGAGGUCACCAACUGCCCGGCCAGCUCCCACGCCUCGACUGCCGUCCCGGCCGUCAGCACCCCGGCUGCCUCCGUCCCCGCCUCUUCCGAGGUUGAGGGCGCGACCUCCGCCCCCAGCGCCCCCAGCGCCCCGGCCGUCACCCCCCAGUCGACCACCUCGACCAUCUACUCCACCCUCGUCUCCUCGGGCUCGGAGGGCGUUGUCACCCAGACCGUCGCCAUCUCGACCACCAUCUGCCCGGUCACCGCCACCGAGACCCCCGGCGCCCCCGCUGGCACUCCCGAGGGUGGUGCUCCUCCCGCUGGCACCCCCAGCGCUGGUGCUCCCCCCGCGGGUACCCCCGGCUACGGCUCGCCCUCCGCCCCCGCUAGCUCUGGCGUCGAGGGUUCCGUCCCCAGCCCUAGCGCUCCGGCCGCCGGUUCGUCUACUAACACCUGUGAACCUAUUAUCUCGACCAGCACUGUUUACAUAACCCCAGGUGUCUCUUCUGGCCCGGCCGGUACUGGCUACGUCCCGUACCCCACCGGUGGCCCCUACGCCUCCACCCCGGUUGUUGCCGGCACCCCUGGUGUCCCCACCCCGGCUGCUGGUACCCCCGCUGCUGGCACCCCCGCUGGCACCCCCGCUGGCACCCCCCAGGCUACUCCUCCCUCUUACACCGGUGCCGCCAGCGCCCUGAACGCCGCUGGUGCUUUCGCCGGUUUCGGUGCCAUCGCCGCCUUCUUCCUGUAA